AUGGUCCAAGGUCUCCAAAAUCAAGUUCAAGCCCUCUCGCUGAGACAUGUCCCGGCUCGGAGGACAAAAUUGAUCGUUGGAAUAGAUUAUGGCACCACUUUCACAGGGGUGGCAUUUGUCCACGAGAACGCUACGGAUCCGAAGGAGAUCAAAACUUUCACGGACUGGCCUGGUGCUUUACGCGAGAACAACGAGCACAAUGAGAAGACACCAUCCGUGAUAUCCUAUGCCUCUGAGAAUCCUGAGCAGGAAGGCCAGGAUGCUUGGGGUUACGAGGUAGAGCCGGGGAGUAAGAGCUAUGCUUGGACGAAGCUCCUCUUAGAUGCACGCUCGCAGGCUGCAAGGUAUGAUGACCCAACUUUGCGCACUCAUAUGGGCCGCGGCUUGCUGCAGCUCCCGCCAGGCAAGAAAGCUGUCCAGGUCGUGGGUGACUAUCUCAAGAAAGUGCACGACCAUCUGAUAGACGCCAUCAUCGAGAAGUGUGGUGGCUCUGAUAUUUUGGAUGUCACCCCGAUCGAAUACUGGUUGACCGUUCCUGCCAUCUGGUCAGACAAAGCCAAGGCUGCCACGAGGGAAGCAGCCCUGUAUGCUGGGUUUGGUUCGAGAAGGAUAGACGAAAUCAACCUCAUUCCGGAACCCGAAGCGGCUGCGAUGUUGGCUCUCAAGACCAGUGUGUCGGAGACAGAUUCCUUGGUUAAGCCGAACACUGGCGUUCUCGUCUGUGACUGUGGUGGAGGCACUGUGGACAUCACCAGCUACACCAUCGCCCGCACUGUGCCGACAUUGGUGCUGAAUGAGUCAAGCAAGGGCGAUGGCGCAAAGUGUGGUGGCACGUAUAUCGACCGGAACCUCCACAAAAUGAUGGCCGAGCGCUUUGGCAAAGCAUUCACAAGCCUGCCAGCUGACCGCACCGGACCGAACAGCCGGUUCAUGGUCACCUUCGAAAGCAGGAAGCAACAAUUCAGCGUUGCAAACACCCGAAAAUCCUACAAACUCCCGCUCAUCAUGCCGGAGCUCGAAAAGAAGUCUGUGACGACUCCCGGCUACGACAAAAAGUACAAAGACGUCAUCCUUACAGAGGCCGACAUGCUUCAAUGCUUCGAGCCCGUCGUCCAAGGCAUCAUCGACCUCAUAAACGACCAGGUACAGAGUGUGAAGAAAAGGGACGAGCCCGAAGUCAAAACCGUUGUCUUGGUUGGAGGUCUCGGCUGCUCGAAGCAUGUGAGGGACUCGGUGAAGAAGUGGUGCGAAGAACGAGAGAUCAGAAUGGUGACCCCUUGGUCUGGAGCAUGGUCCGCUGUCGCACGAGGCGCAGCCCUUCAUGGUCUCGGGGCCGUGAAAAUCGAGAAACGUAUCACCAGACGUCACUACGGGCAAGAGAUAGCCGAACCAUUUGUCGAAGGAGUUGAUAAGACGUCGGGGCCGCUGUGGGACAGGAGAUGGAAGGAUUUGUGGUCAGGCGAAACCAUGAUCAACGGCCACAUGCAAUGGCUGGUUGCAAAGAACACCGUGUUUGAGGAAAGCACCGAGAUCGUGUCGUCAUGGAUCACCCACUGCCAUGAGAGCGGCGCGAGAAUCUCAUCCAACAAGAUUUACUCGUAUGCCAAGGAUAAAGCACCCAACGAUUUGUCGGCCAAAGGUGUCGUCACCGUGGGUAAUCUCCUGGUCAACUUCGCGGAUGUAGAUCUGAGCCGAUUUGAAUGCAAGGAGGACGACGAGGGCGAGAAAGUGUGGCGGCUGAAGGUCAAGGUGUUUAUCAAGCUCGGUGCCCGUCAAGGCACACUGGCCUUCAGGACCACAAUCGCUGGGCAGGAAUGUGGCGAGACGACCAUGGACUUCUCCGGCCAUUAA